AUGGGGCUUAUUCCGAGGCGGGGGCUACUCGGAAGUCUCUACCUUGUCGUCUUAGUAGACACGCUUCUCUGCUCAGCUUCAUCAGAAAGUGACGAAACGGCAGUUUUAGAGGAACUAGAGAAAACAUUGUCCCCGCUUUCCUUGCGGGAAGUCCCUCUCGAUGCUCCUGUAGUCGACGAUUCUUCCCAAAGCCUGGAAGAGGCCUUAGAUGGGUGGGAAGUUUCACCCGAGUUGCUUGAGGAGCUAAUUACGCCUACCGAGGAGAAGGUCAACUUGCUCAUAGACUCAUCAAUUAUUUCGUGGACAGACUCACAUGCAGAAAAUGUGCCGCUGGAGGUACGGAAGGAGAUGGUAAACGACUUGGAACGGGCACGUGAGUUGGGACUUCGUCAGGUGCGCCUCUUUAACUACAUGGUUGAACUCAAGGGUCUAAUAGAUACGUCAAAAGGAGGAGAUGGCGUCUACCUCAGAGACCUCAUGAAAUGGUGCAAGCAGAUGUUCCUCAACGUCCAUGCGGCUGAGGCAAAACUAUUCCUCAAGCAAGAGGAAGUAAGGAAGCAAUUCUUUCACCCAGGAGAGAGCAGCGCGUCUUCGCUGGACUCUCGUACCAUCUAUCUUAUCCUAAGGCACCGUGCUGACGUGAUUGUGAGACGGUUCGAGGCCUACAUGCCAGAACCAAAGGAAGGUCCCGCAGCUGGAGCUGGCGAGAAAGGUGCAGAAGUACAGGCUACAAGGUGA